AUGGCAAAAGGCAGCUGCAUGUGUGGUGAAGUCCACUACGAGUACACCGUAAGCCAUCUCGCCCUUCAGCUAUCUACACCUCUUGCUGACUCUCACCCUCCCAGNGGCGAACCAGCAGUAACAGCCCUCUGCCACUGCAUCGACUGCCAAAAAUGGACCGGCGCCGCCUACACCUCCAACAUCGUCGUCCCCCGCAAGAGCUUCAACGUCACAAAGGGCAAGCCCAAGGACUACGAUGCCGUCGGCGACUCUGGAAAAAUCAACAAGCAUUGGUUCUGCUCCACCUGUGGCUCUUCUCUGUACACCGAGCUGGAGGUCAUGCCUGAUAUGACUUGUGUCAAGAGUGGAAGUUUGGAUGGUGGAGCUGCUAACCAUGAGAUCAAGGUUGAGUUUUACAACAAGGAUAGAUUGGGAUAUACCAAGCCGGUUGAGGGGGCUGAUCAGAAGGAUGCGUUUUCUUGA